AUGGGAGCUCCCCCGAUGGGAAGAGUCUCGCUAUGGGCCACAAGUGGCCGAGUCAGUCAUUCUCAUAUGAGGGGAAGACUGACUCCUCCUCGAUGCUUCCCGCCAAUCAGCCGACGCAAUGCAUCUUCUGUUCAAUCUGGGCACAUUAAGCUCGAGCAGAAUGAAGGAAUUCUCUAUCUGAACAACAUCUUCCCGCAGCGCCUACAAUGGUUCCUGCGCGGUCCUCUCAGCCACGUACAGCCUCUAGAGGGGACAUUGAAAAAGAUUAAUCGCCCAGAUCUGGCAGCAUCUGAUCCAGAAGCGAUUGCUCGACUGGCUUGUCCGAAGAGUCUUGGACUUGAGGUUAAAGAAGUGGUCCCGAGGUACAAGGAAGGCGGAGCAUUCAUUAAAUAUGCCAGAAACCCCGAGACAAGCGACGAAGAGCUCAGAGCAGCGAUUCAAGAUCAUCUGAAGAAAAAUCCGAUCAGACCUUGGUAUAGCCCUUUGCAGAACUCGGAAGCAGAUCUCGUGCAAGGCCGACCCUGGAUUGAAGAUAUGGCCAGAAUUCCCAGCCAAACCCUGCGAGUUGAAUUUUUACCAGACUCUGCCGAGGGGAAAGCAGUUGAACUCACCCAGGAGACUCUCUAUACUCUCUUUCGUCCAUUUGGAAAACUUCUGGAUAUUCAGCCUCAGCCCUCUGACUCCAAAGUCGAGCCGCGGUACGCUAUCUUGCGCUUCAGCCGGCCACGGUUUGCGGUGAUGGCACGGAAUUGCAUGCAUGGCUACGUCGUUCGUGAGGCUGAAGGGGGCGGUAAAGCAGGGACUCGCUUCAAGAUCAACUACGAGCGCAAGAUCAAGCUGUCUGUCAUCAAAGAUUGGAUUAUGAAUCAUCCGCGUAUUGUUAUCCCUGCUCUUGCAGCCUUGCUUGCCACCCUCACAGUCAUCAUUUUUGAUCCAAUUCGCACAUUCUUCAUCACAUUGAAGAUCAAGGCUUCUCACCACACCGAGGACAAUGCGGCGAUCCAGUGGAUCCGCAGGCAAGUGAGCAAAGCGAAUAGAAUGUAUUUUGGCAACCGGCGAACAGAUCCUCGAGGCCUAGCAGCGAUCUGGGAGGAUCGACAAAAUGAUAUUUCGCAGCUGCGAGCAUGGCUGACAGAGACAGUGGAGACUUUCAUUGUCAUUCAUGGUCCUCGGGGUUCUGGAAAACGAGAGCUUGUGUUUGACCAGGCAUUGAAAGACCACAAAUACAAGGUUGUCAUCGACUGCAAACAACUACAAGAUGCGCGAGGAGACACCGCCAAGAUCUCCCGAGCUGCAGCUCAAGUGGGAUAUCGACCUAUCUUUUCGUGGAUGAACAGCAUCAGCAGUUGGAUUGACCUGGCCGCGCAAGGAAUGAUUGGGACCAAGGCCGGUUUCAGCGAAACCUUGGAUGCUCAGCUCAGCAAAAUUUGGCAGAACACGGCAGUUGCUAUGAAGCGCGUCGCACUUGAAAGUCGAAAUAAGAACGACAAGGACGCCAACAUUAGUGACGACGAGUAUUUGGAAGCACACCCUGAGAAGAGACCCGUGGUGAUUAUUGAUAACUUUGCCUAUGAUUCUGAAGGCGAUAUUGUUCUCGACAAGCUCACAGAGUGGGCUGCCGGUUUGACUACCUCCAACAUUGCCCAUGUCAUCUUCCUCACUACCGAUUCGUCGUACUCGAAGCCAUUGAGCAAGGCACUACCGAACCAAGUCUUCCGGACUAUCGGCCUGGGGGACUGUUCCCCCGAAGUGGGCCGCCGCUUUGUGAUGAGCCACCUCGAUACGGAAGCAGAGAGCCACAAAAAUGUGUCUGACAACAAGCCGGCACGAAACUUGACUGGUCUAGAUGAUUGUAUCAAAGUUUUGGGUGGGCGUAUCACUGAUCUUGAGUUCAUGGCCCAUCGCAUUGAGGCUGGAGAAACGCCAAAAGCUGCGGUCAACCGGAUCGUCGAUCAAUCGGCUUCUGAGAUCAUGAAAAUCUUCAUCCUCGGGACAGAUUCGGCCACUCCGCAAUGGACUCGUGAGCAAGCCUGGCACUUGAUCAAGUCGUUGGCUCACGCCAAGGACGGUUCCCUUUUGUACAACAAGAUCCUCCUAUCAGACAUGUUUAAAGAGAACGGCGAGGCUACUCUACGAGCUCUCGAGCAAGCGGAACUUAUCUCGGUCACCUCUGUCCAAGGAUUCCCCAAGUACAUCAAGCCUGGCAAGCCCGUCUACCAAGCCGCUUUCCAACGCUUGAUCGAGAACAGAACUCUGGAGGGUCGGCUUGACUUGUCAAUCCUCGGGAAACUCAUCGGACAGGAAAAUAAAAGCAUUAGCAAGUACGAGCAGGAGUUGCAAUUGCUUGGAUCACUGCCGAAGCAGCCUCGGGAAUUGACAUCCCGUAUCGAAUGGCUUUUGCACAAGAUCCAAGGAUCGCAGUCCAAGAUUCUCAAAUAUGAGGCAGACAGUGCAGUUUUGUCCAAGCUAUUGCAACAUGAGAAAUAA